CCAUGAAGCGCGACCAGGAGCCGGCGCCGUCGCCCCCCGCGGGGGAGGCGGGCGAUGCGGAGCCGGCGCCGCCGGUGUGGAUCUUCGGGUACGGCUCGCUGGUGUGGCGGCCGGGCUUCGAGUUCACGUCGCGCAAGGUGGGCUUCAUCCGCGGCUACAGCCGCCGCUUCUGGCAGGGCGACACCUUCCACCGCGGCAGCGCGAAGGCGCCCGGCCGUGUGGUGACGCUCCUGGAGGACCGCGCGGCGUGCACCUGGGGUGUAGCCUACGAAGUCUGCGGAGAGCAGAUUGCUGCAUCGCUGCAGUAUCUGAACAUGCGAGAAGCCGUCCUGGGAGGCUAUGACACCAAGCUGGUGAAGUUCCACCCUCAGGAAAAGGAUGCGGCUGAACCCAUCUUGGCUCUUGUUUACAUUGCAACGCCCCAGAACCCUUCUUACCUUGGCCCAGCAUCUGAAGAAGACAUUGCAGCUCAAAUCAUUGUCUCAAGUGGUUGUGCUGGCCAUAAUAUAGAGUACUUGCUGAGACUGGCGGACUUUAUGCGAUACUUCUGUCCUCAAGCAGAGGAUGAACAUCUCUUCUCCAUUGAAGAGGCUCUUAUUUCUAUUCUUCCCAGCCUGUACCACACAGAGGAAUCCCUAGAAGAAACUGUGAAGAUCCCUCAGAAGUCUAAGGGCUGAAGCAAGAAAACUGGCAGGGUACCAGUAAAAUGGAUGUAAGGGAGAAAGAAAAUAGGGCAACCUUAAUUCCAAUGUGAUUUAUGGGACUGAGUGAAUAAAGGGAACCUUAACAAAUAGUAGGGGGGGGAGGAAGUAGAGGAGCUGUAAAGCAUGCCUGCUAUGGGACUUGCAAUUAGGAUGUCUGUUACACUUAUUACUUACAACACAAAGAUAGCUAUUGCUGCUUUCCUAGUGGAGAGCAGGGAUCAUGGCUGGUAGAUAGUUUUGCUCUGUAAGAGUUGCUUCUGGGGACAAACCUGAAGCAUCACUCUCUAAAGGGGAAAAGAGGCUUGUUUCUUCCAUGUACUUUCUUCCCCUCUCUUUCUCUUCUCUCUCUGAAGACCAGCUGAGCAGGACUUAACUGGACUUAAGCAGUAUAUAUGUAAUUCUACCUCAGACUCACAAUGCUGGUUGUGUGGUAGCAGAGAAUUGGGCAGGCUCUGCCAAACAAGAUCUCCUAUUUUUCCCUGCCCCACCUCCACUGCAAUGACCUGACAAAUGUCAGAACUCUUGUGCAAUAUUAAGUGAAUUUGCCUCUGUAGGCUCCUGUGGGUCCUACUUCUUAUGUUGCAAAGGAUCAGAUGAAUGCACUUAUUUUCUCAAAUAGUGUGUUGUAUUUAUUGUGUUGUAUGUGCCCUUUGGAUGGGUAUCUGAACUGUUUACUUACAUACCACACUAGUAUGUGGUUCACAUUCAACCUUGUGUUUGUGCCUUCUGGUUUGAGAUCAGUUUCCUGAGAAGCUAAGCCUGCUUUAAAGACAGAAGCUUUUCUCCAAGCUUCACUAACCUUGUGCUGCUACAGAUUUAACUGACUUGGUAAGAAGUGAACCUACUUGUGUGGAAUACCUGUACUGUCUGCAGAAAAACUGUCUGGAUGCAGCAGCACUUUAUCCUGAAGCAUUAUAGUACAAGGUUAAUAUGUGUUUCCUUAGAAAGGAUUUGAAGGUUUAAUUUCCUAUCUAGAUAUCUGAGCAAUCCCACCAGUCUAGUACGGUUUCCCUUGACUGCGAAGGACAGUGACUGAUCGUGUUUGCAAGCCUCUGAGUCACAAGAAGCCUGCAUUCAUCAUGUUAAGCAGAGGCAAUGCUGCAAGCUCAGGCUCUUCAGCUUCACUUAGCAGUGACAAAAUCUGCAGGAUCCAAUAAGAAAACUGCUGCUACUGCAACUGUGCAAAAUAGCUUUGGGGAGUGGACUGCUGGGACACUGACUCCUCCCACUCUUAAAAAAAAAAAAAAAAGUGGGGGCUAGGAAGUAUUUGUAUUACUGUGGCUUUUAUGUAUAUAAAGCUAUACUGUACCUUGCCCAGUAAUAAAAC